UCGUCUACAACACUACGAUACUAUAGCGUGUAAGUGUUUCGCAAAGUAAUAUAAGAAAAAAGGGAAUUUUUUUUUUUUACAUGUAUCUUUUAAGUUUUUCAUUUUAUUAAAAAAAAAAGAACAACAAUUCGAAAAUAUAUUUAAAUUAUAGAUACAAGAUAUAAAUUUAAUUUUCAAAAGUUAAAAGAAAUUAUAGUUUUCAAUUUUAAGAAAAAUGAGUGCAAACAGUUAGUUUUACUUAUAAAAGUUAGAAAAAAAGCCAAAACAAGAAAAAGAGAAAAAAAAAAUUGGCGUGCGUCUGCUUUUCUGUAUGCUUUGUGUUACCUAGAAAAAAAUUGAAUAUAUCGGAAUUUCUAUUUAAUAAAAAAAAAAUAAAAAUUCUUGCAGAAUUAAAUUUUUGCAAGUAUGCUAAAUAAUUUAAUUAAAACAAAAAUUAAUUUUUAAUAUUUUAGUGAAAAUAUGAUUUUGAAACAUAAAAGUUCAAUUAGACAACACAAACUUUCUAUUCAAUUUUACAUAUAAUAAAAAAAAAUACCUACUAUACCUACAGUAUUUACAUAAGUAUAUACAUACAUACAUGUGUAAUUCGCCAGUUUAGUUCUUCAUAGAAAGGUACCGAAACGCCCAUAUGUACAUAUGCUAAGAAUCUAGGUCUUGAAUAGAUAAAAGGAAAAAAAGUAAAAAAAAAUCUAUUUUUUUAAUUUAAUUUUAUAUAAAAUGUAUAAGUACUUUAUUUGUAAAAGUGAAAACAAAGCAAGCGUUGGAUAUAUAAAAAUCAAAUUAUAUUUUAUAAAAUAUUUGGAAAAUUUUCAUAUAAUAUUCUAAUUUAAAAUAGAAAAGAAGAAUGCUGUACGAAUAAAAGUCUACUAAAAAAAAUAAAUUAAGAGAACAAAUCCAACAUUUCAAUAUUUUAAUAUUAAACAUAAAAUUUAUUUAGUUUUAAAUACUAAGUGCAUAUAAAAUAUUCGAUCAUUCGAUUUCAUAAGGAAAUAUACAUACAUACAUACCAUAUGUAUGUAAGCAUAAAUAUUGGAUUACAAGAGAAAACUAAAAUGGAUAUAACGAAGAUAGAAUAUAAUACUUAAGCAAAAAAGAAAUAGAAGAAACAGGAAGCAGAAAAAAAAAUAAUCAUUACAAGGAUUAAAAUGAUGCAACCAAUAUAAUUAUACAUCACCAAAUCACACCAACUAAGUUAAUAAAUUUUUACUACACAUUAUUAUAAAAAUUAAGAAGAAGCAAAUUGGAAUAUAUAUGUACAUACCUGUCUACAUUAUAUACCUAUAAAUUUUAAACUAAUAUAACAUUAUUUAUAAUAUAUAGUAUAGUAGUAGCUAAUUAUAUAAAAGUUAUAUUCAACGUACAUACAUACCUAUCUAUAUAAUAUAACCAGGACUACAUAAAAAAAAAUUGCACAUACUUAAUAUAUACACUAUUCACUUGGAUACAUAUGAAAGUUAAGAAGAAAAAAGAUAAUUCGGUACAUAUAUACAGCGUAUAUUUUACAUUCAUAGGUAAUUUUAGUUAACGUGUCUAAAGAUUAAAAAUAUUUUUCAAAAGAAAAUUUAUAUUAAGACUUAAUAUUAUGAUAUUAAGUAGGUAUGUACCUACCUACCUAUACUUACAUUACUUUACUUAUACAUAUUAUAUCUAUACUUACUUAUUUUAAAAACUAUUAAUUUUAAAAAGGAAACUUAUAUCUUAUGGUACCUACUUAGUUAUUAAGAAUAAUUUUUGGUGCGGCCAACAAAUCGAUCGAUAUAAUUUACAUGCAAUUUUUUGUUUUAUAAACUGCAAGGAAUACAAGGAAUCAGGAAAUACAAUAAAGCAAAUUUAAAAGUCAAGGAAUAAUUAAGAAAAGCAAAACUAAAAAAUUUUAUGCAAAAAUGAAUUUUUUUACACUUUUUUAUGGAUUAUCAAUUGUUUUUGGAUUAUGCGGAGCUCUACCAAUACCAUCAUUGGAAAUUGGUAUAGCGGAACGCAAUAUGUUUUUAAUUGGUGCAGUAGCAUUUUUAAGUUUUGGAGCAGUUCUAGCCGGAUGUGUAUGCUGUCGUAGAAGAAAAAAGGGGUUCGAGCUUAACCAUGAAAAGGAUAAAAAGGAAUUCACCAAUGAAUCAGGUACGUUAGAAUCAAAUAAAACAGAAUAUCCAAUAUUUCGUGCUUUGUCACCAGAAACGCAAUCGAAGGCUAAUGAAGUUCAAUCAUCAGAACCAGUUGUUAUUGAUACUGUUUCAGUACAAGCAGCAUCUAUACAAGCUAGAGGAAGAAGAGAAGGAAGUGAUCAACCGCCAUCUGCUGUAGUUAUAAGCAUACCAGUAGUUAAUAGCAGUAAUGAGCGCUUAAUUACUGAUGAUGAUAAUGAUAAUAACAAUGGCCCAAUUUCACCAGCAGAUUUAGAAAAUAUUGAAAAUAAUAAUGCUGUUGAUUAUAUAAGAAAUCAAAAUGAAAUUGGAAUUGUAAUAGAACCAAUAGUAACAACUACAUAUUCAAGAAAUAGAAAUCUUGAUGUUACUUCAUCUUCUGAAAAUGUUCCAGAACAAAUAAGAAUACAAAAUUCACAAAUUAAUAAUAAUAGUAACAAUAUAAAUAAUAAUUAUAAUAAUAGUAUAAACGAAGAUCAACAUCAAUCGCAACAGAUUAAAAACAUCUCAUCAAAUGAUAUUCAAAUUGAUAUUGAAGAACCUGUUAUUGUAAAAAAUCAGGUGCCAUUAGAAUAUUCUUCACAUAUAAAUACAUUACAAAAUAUUAAAAAGCACAGUAAUAAUAAAUAUUAUGAUGAAAACCAAACGAGUGCCGAAAAUAAUGCCCUCCAAGAUUUUGCCAUUUCUUCUAUAGAUCUUAUUAAUGAUAGUUUUUCUACAACUACUACUAUUUCUAAAAGAAAUUCAAUGCCACUCAAUCAAACAAUUAAUGAGACAGUUGUUGUUGAAAGCCAAACUUUAUACCAAAAUGAAAUAUUAAAUUCAUCAUCAAGUGAAAAAAUUAAUUCAAAUCAAAAUAUAAAUUCCGAAAAAAUUAAUACAUCACUCGUAUUAUCAUCACCAUUGAAUUCAAUAAAAAAUACAGAAACAAAUUCUUCUUCUUCUUGUUAUUCUUCAGUAAUUAGCAUUAAUAAUAACAAUAGUCAUAAUAAUAAUGAUAAUAAUUAUAACACUGAUAAUAAUAACAGUAACAACAGCAACAACGGUAAUAGCAAUAAUAAUAAUAAUAACAAUAAUAAUAAAGUUUUAAAUAAUAUACAACAAAUUGUACAAGAAACUGUGCCAAUUUCUACAUUUAUUGAUAAACCUAGUAAAUUAGUAAAUCAUCAAAAUCAACAUAAUCAAUAUCAUCAAAAUCAGUAUAAUAAUUCAGAUAGUGGGAACAAUUUAGAUUAUAAAAUAAUAGAAUCGACGACUGAAAAUUUUAACGAAAAUAAAUCAAAAGUAUAUAGUAAAAAAAAACAAGAUGCAACAGAAGUCGAAUUGUUAAAUGAUGAAUUAACUGAUAAAAAUCUUUUGAAAAAAGUAUCAAAUGAAACUUUAACAGAUCUUAAAGAAGAAACAUAUUCAAUUCAAAGUGAUUGUUCAGAAAAAAGUAAUGAAACUGGAAGUGUGGAAGAAGCAUUACGUGCUUUAGAUAUAGCAAUUGGUGAUGAUCCUAUAUCAGAAAAUUGUAGUGGGGAAGAAGAUGAUAAUUUGGAUGAUAAAAUAGCAUACAAUAAAAAUAAGCAAAGUGAUAUGAAUGAUGACGAUUCAAUACCAUACGAAAAUGUUAUACGAGACUUACUGGUUACCAAAAAUAUGGGUUUAAAUGGUUUAAUUAUACCAAAACACUUUAAUACAUCGAAGGAAAUUGAAAAUGAUAUUUCUACAACAAUAACAAAUAAUUCAGAAAACCCCGUAACCCAGUAUGAUAUGCAAGAAAAAAUUAAAUGCGAAGCCCUAGAAUUAGUUGAAAGCAUAAUUGAUCAAAGUCGAAAAAUUGUUGAAGGACAAGAAAGAGAAAAAAUAAUUAAUACCACACAAAUAAUUGAGACUCCUAUUUCUAAAACUGAAUAUAUAGUAAAUUAUGCUUUAAUAAAACAUCAAAAUCCGAUAAUACAAAUGAAUGGUGAAGUUUUUGUGCCAGAUGACGAACAUGAAGAAACAUACUACGAAAAUAAAAAAGAGGGCUUAAAUAAAAAGACUGAAAUUUUAAAUUCAUAUUCUCCUAUCAGUAAUUUAAAGAAAUUAAAAAGUGUGGAAUCAUUAGAAUGCCUUUUUGAAAGUGAAUUUUUGCCAUCAACAUCGACACCAUGUAUCACAAAUAAAUUUCAAAAGAAAUUUGGUUUCGAACAAACAGUUGAACAUAACAAUGGAAUUAAAUUAUUUGACUGCGAUGCUCGAGAUUUGCAGACUGAUAAUCAAAAUAGUAUGGAAUUGCUUCUUAAUAAUUCAUUGGAUAUACUUAAUGAAACUAAUAAAAUUUCCCCUAUAACGAAUGCAACAUUUAAUGCUAAUGCUACUUAUAAUGCCAAUGAUAAAACUUAUAAUGCUAAUGCAACAUAUGUCGCCAAUGAUACAUAUAAUGUGAUUGAAAAAAAUAAUGAAACAUUUGAAUUGAAUAAUAAAACUUAUGAUGCCAUUCCAAAUCAUUUAAUAAAAGAAAACGAUUUUACAUAUCCAGGUGAUCCUUGCAGCUCAAAACAAGCUAUUGAGAGAGAUCAAUAUUUAAAACCAUUAAUUAAAUAUCAGAGAGAUGAAGUAACAUCAGAAGAAUUAAAUACAAUAACACCAGUUAAUACUCCAAUCGAAUUGAAUUAUAAUCAAGAAACAUGGGAUAAAAUGACAAAAUCAACAGAAGAUGCAGAUUAUCCCCGUAGUGGAUGGUUCCUACAUCCUCAGGAAAUGAUAAGCGGGCAUAUAGGUGAUGAAAAUGAAAUUAUUACAAGAAAAGAAUCUACUUUUGAUGUAGCUCCAGAAGAUCAAGAAGAAGAAGAAGAGGAGGAAGAUGCUGAAAAAUUGGAAUUAACUUUCGAUAUGUUGCGCAAACAAUUAGCUGAAGUUUUACCUCAACCUCAAGGUGUUGUCGGUCCACCUGAUUUUUCAGACGAAGAUGAUGAUCAACAAGGAAGUAACAGAACGUUUGAUGAGUACAGAUCCCCACUAGAUGGUCUCAUAGGCUUACUUGAAAAUGAAAUUGAACCCCCCUCUUCUGUAGCACCCAAUGAAGUUUUCAUUAAUUACAAGCGCACUUUAUCACCUAUUUUAGAAGAGAGUGAAACAGAAGAAACAUGUAAGACGUUUGUCAUGAAUGAAACGAAAUGUAUGGACAGUACAAGCACUGGAUGUAUUGAAACUGGGGAAGCAAUUAUGGGCGUUUCAAAAGCUCUGAUGGCCUCGAAUGAUACAUUAUUUAAUUUUGAAGAUACCCUUGGUGACAAAGAAGAUUGCGCAGCUUCACCACGAUUAUCUUCACAAAGUGAUAGUCAAGCUACAACUCCUGUUAAAAGUCACGAUAAUAGAUCUGCAGCAAGUUCAUUGGCCACAACAAUUACAACAAGUAGUGACACAGAAAAAUGUGGUUCAGAUAAUAGACAUUUGAAUUCACAUGGCUGUAAUGGUAUAAAUGAGUACACUAUUGUGAUACCUGACCGCAGGACACCACCAAAAACCCUUGCUUUUGCAACAGACUCACAAUAUGAUGCAAAUAAACCUGAUGCAGGUGGUGAUUUCUGUUCACCAGUUGAGCAAAAAACGUUUUCUGAUGGUACAACAUCUACAUCAACAGAUAGAGUUUCUUCAGAUAUUUCUCCAACUUUGGAUAAUGAAACUACAUUUACAAUGAAUACAAUUGAUGAUAAAACUUGCGUAACUGUAAUUAUUAAAGACGAUGAAAGAAUAUCAGAAAUUUCAGAGCCAGAAUGGGGUUCAACUGCGUCUUUUAAUAUCUGUGAAACGAAUAAUAUUCAACCGGGUGAUGGCGCAGAUACAAUUGCUUGCGAUCUGAACAGCUUAACAGAUGUGCCAAGUUUAGAUUUUAAUGUUAAUUCGUUUGAUAAGGAAUUUGAAGCUAUUAAUAAUAUUACAACAGAAAAUAGCCCUAGUGACGAAACUAGUAGUGAUGCGUUAGACCAAAAUAAGCCAAUUGUAAUUGAAGCUCUACAGGGACCGCUCAUAAUUAUAAACGCACCAAAUGAUAAAACUAGUCUGGAUGAUGAAACAACCACAGAAUCUUCUAAUUGUUUAGAUGACUUGAAUAAUCAAGAAGAGGUUACAAAUAGAAUAGAUAGUGGUCACGAUGAUUCUGGACAUAGCACACAGUUAUCAUUAGAUGACAAAUCUAAUAACACAAGUCAUAAUAUUUCAGCACAAGAGACUGAUUCAAUUGGAGAUUCACCUCAUAGUCCACAACAGCAACAACACAAUUUGCAACAUAAACAACAUCAAUUACAACAGGAACCUUUGUAUGAGGAACAGUAUCCUGUCAUUAACACUGACCUAACAAGUAAAAAUAAUUGUAAAGAAUUUCUUCAAAAAGAAAUAGAAUUUUCAUUGUCUAGUCAAAAUUUAGAAUAUAAACAAAAUUGCUCGAUCGAAACACAAAUUUUAGAAAACGGAUUUGUCGACGCAAUAACUUUAAGUUCUUCACACUCAGAUGAUGAUAUCUUUCACCUAGAAUAUUCAAAAGAAAAUUCUGAUCCAAAUAUAAAAAAGUAUGUUUAUAAUGAUCCAAAUAGUGGAACAAAUUCAACUGAUCAUCUUAAUCAUCAAAAUAACCAUCAUAUUCAUACGGAUAGAACAAAAGAUAAAUUUAUUGCCAAUGGUGUAGCUAGUAGUGGUAUUGGAGUAUAUGCAAAUAAAGUACAAAUUUCAAAUGGUCAUCAGGAUACUGUGAUAAAAAUGGACAAACAUAUUGAUAUUUCUGAACAUGAAACAACAAAUAAUGUAUAUCAUAAUUGUAAUGAAUUAACAUCCAGUAUAAUAUUGCCUUCAAAACAAAAAGAUGAUGAAUUAUUGGUAGCAGAAGAUGUUAUUAAUCAUUUAUCUGGUGAAGAAGAUCCAUGGGUUGAAACUUUACAUGAUAUACGUUUUACGGGACCCGGAAGUGCUGAUAUGCUAAGUACAUCAUUUACAACUGCUAGUAAUUCAACAAGCGAAUGGGAUAGUGAUGUUGAUGAUAGUCAUAGUAGCGAAGAGUUUAUGUAUGUUAGAGGUCCAUCUGCAAAUGCAGAAAUUUUACGUUAUAUCAAACAAGAAGGCUAUUCAAAUGAUGAUGAGAAGGAUUCAGAUUUAUGGAUAUCAAAUAAUAAACAAUCGAAAGAAAAAUUUAAAGUUGGAUCAGCUGAUGAUGAUCUUGUUUCGGAAGCAAGUUCAUCCGAAUACGAAGGAGAAUUUGUACCAUCUUCUUGGGAUUCAAUGGCGCAACCAUCUAGAUCUGCAUUAAAAAGUCCUGACAAAAACAAUAGCAAUUUGGAAAAACCACAGCAAAAUGCAAACGAAAAGAAACGCCGUAACGUUGUGUUUAAAAAACAACGUUAUCACUCAGUUUAUGAAUAUCCCCGAGAAAAUUUAUCUUUAUCACCAGCCUAUAGUGAACCUAUUUUGAGUACGCAUAAAGAAUUUUAUAACUUCCCCGAAAAAAAUUCUUUAGUGGAGUUCGAUGAUGGAUUUAUUGUUUCGAGUUCGAUGAGACCUUUUCAUGGAGGUAGCCAAUUUAAUGCUUGUUAUACUUGGCCGACCGAUUCAGAUUUUUCUUGGUCUCAAGUAGACGACAUUGAUAAUUAUAAUACUGAGCAAGGUUUAGCGACAUAUAAUGAGAUUAAAUGGACUCAUCCAAUGAGUAACAUUAAUAAUCAAAGCAGGGAUAUUAUAGAUUCACCAGAUAAAAAUGAAGAAAAUCAAAGACCAGAUAGUGGUGUAGGAGAAUCGGCCGAAAUGUUAUCAGAUCGUCAAUCAUUAGGUGAAUUAUGUCACGCAAAAACGAAAUUAAGAUUACCAAUUGAAGUUUUAACAACAACUCCAAUUUUUAAUCAAUUUUCAACGACUGAUGAUUAUAUUAAUGAAAGAAAUAAUCAACAGAAAAUUCUAAUAACAUCAUCAACAGUAAAACCAUCAUAUAAUUGUAAGAAUGAUGAUGAACCACUAACAAAAUUUAUACCAGAAAAUAUAAUCACAACACAAAAAGAUGUUGCCGAAAUAAUGGAAAAUAAAAAUAAAAUGAAUUUCAGUACAUUCGGUAAACGAAAUUCAAAUUCAAUUAAUAAUGAUGAAUCUCUAAUGGGAAAUACUAUUAUAAAUAAUGAUAAACAGAAACGUAUAGCGCCUAAAACAAUUUUAAAAUACAGACAAAUAAAACCAGCAAUUAAUAUAAUAUUAAUUGAUGAUAUUAGUGGGCAACAACAACAACAACAGGAACAACAAUUUAAUUAUCACCAACAACAACAAGAAUAUACUGAUAAUUAUUGUCAAGAAAAUAAUAGCAACAGUAGUAGUAGUAAUGAAAGUAAUACGAAUUAUUUUAGAAAUAAAAUUUUAAAUGUUAAUAAUUCAGAGCGUAAUAAUAGUAAUAUUGUUGAAAUAAAUAAUGAUAUGGUUUUAAAAUCAGAAAAAAUUAGACAAAGUGAUAGUACUGAUGAAGAUUCUGGUAUCGAAAGUAUUAUGAAAUUAAAUAAUAAAAUAGAAAGCGAUUAAAAGUUUUGAUUAAUUAAUAAUAAAAUUGAAAUAAAAAAAAAAAAACAAACAAAGAAACAUAUUGAAUUAGCAUUAAAAAUGAAUUUUAUUUUUUACUUUAACUUUACCUUUUUUAAUUUUAAAGAAUAAUAUUUGUUAUUAUGAAAAUUUGUAUGAAAGUAUUAAUUUAUAAAUUUUACAACAUACUUAAUAGCAUAUCAAUUUUAUUUUUUUUCAUUGUCUUUAUUUCUAUUUCUUAAUAAUUUUUAAAUACUUGUUUAACUUUAUUUACAUUAUAUAAAUUCGUCCUAUAAAUGCCUUAAUUAUUCCAUUAUGAUUAGUUUUGGUAUUCAAAAAAAAAAACAUGAAUUUUAAACAACAUUAUAUUACUU